AUGAGUAAGCCAGAAGACAAAGAUGAACCAAGCCUGAGUGAGCAAGGACCAGAGGAGGAACAGACUCCAGACUGUGGAGGUGACCUGCAAGACUACAAGGCCCAUGUGAUAUCUAAAUUCGACACAAGUAUGGAUGUAUGCUAUGACAGCCCAGAGAAGAAAGUAUUGUCUGAUGCUUUUAAACAGAAAGCCUUCUGUCCUCACACUGUUAUCCUACAUGGAAAACCAGGGAUUGGGAAGUCGGCUUUGGCCAGAAGUAUCAUGGUGGGCUGGGCACAGGGAAAACUCUACCAAGACAUGUCCUAUGUCUUUUUCUUCUCUGUUAGAGAAAUAAAGUGGACAGAGAAGAGCAGUUUGGCACAGUUGAUUUCUAAGGAAUGGCCAGACUCCCAAGCUCCAGUGACAAAGAUCAUGUCCCAACCAGAAAAACUGUUGUUUGUCAUUGAUGAUUUUGACAAUAUGAACUCUGUCCUCCUACAUGAUGACAUGACACUUUCUGGAGACUGGAAGGAUGAACAACCCAUAUACAUCUUGAUGUACAGCCUUCUGAGGAAGGCCCUCCUCCCACAGUCCUUUCUCAUUAUCACCACCAGAAACACAGGCUUAGAAAAACUCAAUUCAAUAGUGGUGUCCCCCCUCUACAUACUAGUUGAAGGAUUGACUGCAACAAGAAGGAUUCAGCUAGUCCUCGAGAACACCCCUGAUGACCAUCAAAGAAUGCAAGUCUUCCAUUCUAUGAUAGAAAACUCCCAGCUAUUUGACCAAUGCCAAGUCCCCUCCAUAUGCUCUCUGGUCUGUGAGGCUCUGCAGCUGCAGGAGAAACUGGGAAAGAGAUGUACCCCAGCCUUCCAGACUCUUACCAGUUUGUAUGCCACCUUUGUGUUCCACCAGCUCACCCCAAGAGAUCCUUUCCAGAGCUGUCUCAGUCAGGAAGAGCAAGUUGCUCUAGUGGGUUUGUGCAAGAUGGCAGCUGAGGGAGUGUGGAACAUGAGGUCGGUGUUCCACAAUGAUGACCUGAAGACCCAUGGCCUAAAGGAGUCUGAGAUCUCCACCCUCUUUCACAUGAACAUCCUUCUCCAGGUUGGCCACAGCAGUGAGCACUGUUAUGUUUUCUUCCACCUCAGCCUUCAGGAUUUCUGUGCUGCCUUGUAUUAUGUUUUAGAAGGACUAGGGGACUUGUAUCAGUACCAAAAGAGCAACUUGGAGCUGAAGGAAACCAAUGACACUCACCUUCUCGGAAUGAAGCGUUUCUUAUUUGGCCUCAUGAACAAGGACACCAUGAGGACCCUAGAGGUUCUGCUUGGAUGUCCUCUGUCCCCAGCUGUGGAGAAGAAGCUCCAACAUUGGGUUUUUCUGCUAGGACAGCAGGUCAAAGCCACCAGCCCAAAGGAUUACAUGGAUGCCUUCUACUAUCUCUUUGAGUCUCAGGAUGAAGAAUUUGUUCGUUCAGCUCUGAACAACUUCCAAGAAGUGUGGCUUCUGGUCAACCAGAAUAUGGACUUGGUGGUAUCUACCUACUGUCUUCAGCAUUGCAGGAGCUUGAGGGCAGUCCGGGUGGAUGUCAAAGACAUGUUCUCUGUGGAUAACGUUCCUGAGCUGUGUCCUAUUGCUCCCCAGAAGACACAACAUAAGCCCCUCCUCAUACAGUGGUGGGAGAAUUUCUGCUCUGUGCUCAGCACCCACUCAAAUUUGGAGAAGCUGGACUUGGGCAGCAGCAUCUUGAAUGAAUGGGCCAUGAAGAUACUGUGCCUCAAGCUGAGGAAUCCAUCCUGUAAAAUACAGAAUCUGACGUUUAAGAGUGCACAGGUAGCAUCCGGCCUGCAAUAUCUCUGGAUGACCCUUAUUAGAAACCGGAACUUAAAACACCUCAAUCUAGGAAACACUCCCAUGAAGGAAGACGAUAUCAAAUUAGCCUGUGAAGCACUGAACCAUCCAAACUGCUCCCUGGAGACUCUGAAAUUGGAUUCCUGUGAGCUAACCUACCCUUGUUAUGAAAUGCUCUCCAAAAUACUUCAUUCAGCCACCAGACUGAAAUCUCUCAGCCUGGCAAAAAAUAAGGUGGAAGAAAAGAGCAUGAGGUCUCUCAGUGUCACCUUGAGUAGCUCGAAGUGUAUGCUGGAAAAGCUGAUACUGGACAGCUGUGACCUCACACCUUUCAGCUGCUAUAUUCUGGUCUCAGCCCUUUUCAGCAACCAGACCCUGACUCACCUGUGUCUGUCAAACAACCAAAUGAAGACUGAACAAGUGAGAGUGCUGUGUCAGUUUAUGAGACGUCCAGAAUGUGCUCUCCAGCGGCUGAUACUAAAUCACUGCGACCUCAGAGAAUACUCCUACAGCUACCUGGCGUUGAUGCUUAUGAACAACAGAAAGCUGACACACCUGAACCUGAACCUGAACCCCAUGGAAGAUGGUGGGAUGAAGCUUCUAUGUGAAGCUUUAAAGGAGCCGACUUGUUACCUCCAAGAACUGGAAGUAGUGAAUUCCCAACUCACAAGGGACUGCUGCGAGGAUCUGGCCUGCGUGAUCAGAAAGAACAAACACUUAAAGAGCUUGGAUCUUGGUAACAACGCCCUGGGUGACAAAGGAAUCAAAGCUCUGUGCGAGGGACUAAGGCAAAACGAAAGCUUCCUGAGGAGACUGGGACUGGAAGCAUGCGGGUUGACUUCUGACUGCUGUGAGGCACUAGUAUCAGCCCUCUCUUGCAACCAGUAUCUGACCAGCCUAAACCUGGUGAAGAAUGACUUCAGUACAUCAGGGAUGUUGAAACUGUGCUCUGCAUUCCUGACCUUUACCUCUAAUCUGAGGAUAAUUGGCCUGUGGAAACAGGAGUACUGUGCCGAGGUAAGAAGGCAGCUGGAGAAAGUGCAGUCUCUCAAGCCUCACACGGUGAUCGAUGGUGACUGGUACUCCUUUGAUGAAGAUGACCGUAACUGGUGGAAAAAUUGAAGACACGAGCCCCCC